CGGCCUUUAAGGUAGAGAUAUGAUAGUACCAACGUCACCAGCGCACGUAACGUAGAAAAUCCGAAUUCUCUGUCAUUUACAUAUUAUCUGGAUUUUACGCGAAUAUGAGCGUUGAAUCAGUUAGUAUUAGUGCUUACAUAAAGGACGACUACAAAACGGUCGAUAGUUGGGUGCAAAAUGGAGUCAAAUGGUUGGAAGAGCUUCAUCAGUUUUAUAAAGAACGGAGUCUAAUCGAAAAGGAGUACUCGCAGAAGCUAGCGUCACUCGCAAAGAAAUAUUUUGAAAAGAAAAACAAGCGAUCCUCCUCGCUUUCGAUUGGUGAUUCACCUACUUCCUCUGCUGGUUCAUUGGAAUGUGCUUCUCUUACCACUUGGACGAAGAUUUUGGACGGCUUGACAGAAGAAGCUCGCCGAAUACAGAAUUUCUCAAACGAUUUAGGCUCUCAGAUUUCCGACCAAUUUUUGAAUUUACAGGGCCAAGCGGAAUCCAUGCGAAGGAAUCAGCAUGGUUAUUACAACAGCUUGUUAGAUGAACGCGAGCGUAUCGACGCCGGUGUCAAAAAGGCGAAACAGGAUUAUUACAGCAGCUGCGAAGUCUUGGAAUCUGCUCGGCAGAAGAAAGACAAACUCGGUGACGAUAAAAGUAAACGAGGUUACCAGGACGCGUUAACGGAAAUGAAUAACAAAAAGAAUGGGUAUGUCCUUACUAUUACGGAGUUCAACGCCCACACGAAAUUGUAUUUCAGUAAGUUAUUGCCCGAUGUCGUGGACAGCUUGCAACAAGUGAACGAAUUUCGAGUUCAAAAAAUGAACUCGCUGUGGAAGCAUUCUCUUCAUCUCGAAAAGUCCUGCUACUCUGACUUGUCUCAAAAAACGGAUGAACUCAAUAAUGAGAUCAACCUAAACAGUCCAAACCUAGAUACUGUCAUGUUCGUUAAACACAAUCAAAAGAACUGGACGCCCCCGAAUGACCUUCCCUUUGAACCGUCUCCCAUUUGGCACGACACGGAUUCGAUUGCUACCUACGAUACCAACAUCAAUUACCUACGUAAUAUGCUCAUUCAGAAUCGCAAAGAUUUUGAAACUGCAGCUGCUUCGUAUGAGUCUGUCAUGGAGGAAUCAAACAAGUUAGAAAAGGCACACAGCAAGUCUUUGCUCGAAUUGCCGCAUGCGGUCGUGCUCAAAAUGGCAGAAGUUGAACAGUUGAAGGCCCGUUUUCAAACGCGAAUGCAUGAUUUACAGAGCCGGAUAGAUCUGAUCCUUAACACAGCCGGUGCUCUCGACGAGGGAACGCAACCUCAUGAUUUCCGUCAUACAAGCUUUGCCUUACCAACAAAUUGCGACUACUGCAAGAGCACUAUUUGGGGUCUCUCAAAACACGGAUGUGUCUGUAAACGUUGUAACUAUCAUUGUCAUGCUCGCUGUGAGAUGAAAGUUCCUCCAGAGUGUGGAAAAGCUGAACCUUUGGUCUCUAUUUCACGUAAUGCUUCCUUGAGAAGAAGCAACGUUGGAAGCAUUUCCUCCACCAAUUAUGCAAAUACAACAAGGAGUGUCGAGAAUCAUGGUGCUGGUAGCAUGCGAAACGAAGAGGUCGAUGAUUUUGGUAACAUCGCCGUGAGUCGUGCAACUACGAAUACCAGUGAGUCGCAACCUUCGCCGUUUGGUGAUUCAUCUCAGACUCCUGCUGAUGCUGCCGCUACUUCUGCUGCAGAAAAUGAAACGGUUCAGGUGCUGUACGAUUACGUUGGAACAACGGACGAUGACCUGAACGUGAAAGAAGGGCAAAUGGUAGUUAUUUUGCAGCCAGAUGAUGGUACUGGUUGGGUUCGUGCUCGUUCAGGGUCGGCAGAGGGUUUAGUCCCUGCUUCGUACCUUGAUUUGCCCGGGCAAGCAUCCGUAGCCCAGGAUGAAAGCUAUGUAAGGGCUUUGUAUGAUUAUACUGCGCAGACUGAUUUAGAAAUCAGUUUACAGGCUGGAGACGUCAUUCGCGUAAUUCAAAGAGAUUCCGGUAACGGCUGGUCUGAAGGCGAGCUCGAUGGUCGCAUUGGACAAUUUCCAGCAAACUACGUCGAGGAUAUAUGAGUGACGGAAGAAAAGACGGUCUAACAAGCUUUAAGCGCAGGCUGUUUAGAGAGUUUUUAACCUACUUUGUUUUGUGUUCAUUUGUUCUUAUGUGUAAAAGAGAAGAGAAAUUUCGUCUGUCCUUUUCUUGGUGAACUAACCACGCCUGCAUCACCGGCAAGCUUCCGGGUGCUUUUUAAGUACAAGAAGUGAAUUAACCUUCUUUAUGAUCAAGACAGUAAUGAUUAAUUAGUUGUUGAGCAUA